AUGGAAACCCUAAAAUCUGAGAACAAAAAGAGGGUCCUACCCUCGUGGAUGACAGCCCCUGUGGAUGAGAAGAGGGAGUUGUCAGUGAAGACACCCAAGAGGAAGAAGAUAGCCGCCGGACAAGUUGGGUUAGCAACAAGGGCCCCUGUCAUGAAGACUGUGUACUGCAUGAAUGAAGCUGAAAUGGUAGAUGUGGCUCUGGGAAUCCUGAUUGAGGGCCGAAAACAGGAAAAGCCGACUCUGGUGGCCCCUGAUAAGCCGCAGCCCUCCCCUCCCUACUCUGCCUCUCCUCACACCAGCUCCCCGGGGAGCAGCAGUGAGAAGGAGGACAGUGGGAACCGCUCGCCUGCUCUGGGCCUCAGCCCUUCCCACGGGCCAGAAGCUGCCGACUCUCCCUGUAGCAGAAGCCCGGAGGAAGAGGAGGAGGAGGAGGAUGCGCUCAAGUAUGUCAGGGAGAUAUUUUUCAGUU